CCGAGUACGGUCCCACCGUUGAAAAGCCAACUCAGCUGAAAGUGAAGACAUUUUUAUACACAAAAAAUUAAUAGCUGCAGCAAGUAUACGUUUACUUUUCCCGUCAAAUUGCACCCCAAAAACAAUGCAAAAUGCGGCUGGCCAACGAGAAAGCGAAAAUGCAGCCCCAGGUGAGAGACUUAGCCCUGUUCAUCGGCCUGGCGUGGAUCUUCUGCUGUCUUCCAACCUCGACGUGGGCGCAGGGUGCUCUCUCGGACAAGCGAUUGUGCGCUGACCCAAAAUGUGAACAAAUUAUUUCGACCGGCAAUGCCAAAAUCAGCUAUGCGAGUGGAAGCGAAGGACUCAUAUCCUUUAAAAUUAACACCCCAAUCCGCGUGCUGUCCAAGAGCGCCGGCUCCAACAAGCAGCUCUGGGGCGUGGAGAUUAACGGCCGGCGUGGCUAUGCCAACAAGGACUUCAUUAUGGAGAAGAAGAUCAAUGUGCCGGAUGCCCAACUAAAGUUUGAGGUUCCAGUAGUGGGCCCUGGUAGUCCUCCAAGUCCUCCUGCAGUGGCGGAGCCUCUGCAGACCGUGCUCAACGCCUCUGAGUCAUCUGAUGACUUGGCCACGACCACGACAGCCCCGCUGGACGUUCAAGUGGAGUCCAUUGUUGUGGAGCACGAUAAAACAAAGGAUCAGCAGGCACCUGAACCAACGACGGCUUCUCAGGUCCAGAUAGUGCAGCUGGUGGAUGGCACUGAGCUGCCCCUGGAAGCCAUUCCAUCUGUGACUGAUAGCACACUCAAUACGCCUCCAGAGCCCUUCAACCUCAGUGAAGCAGCAAAACCGGAACCAGCUACAACAGCAGCUGUUCACUUAAAGACGCAGGAUGCAGCUGUGGAGUCACAGAAACCCCAGGAUGCUGCUGUGGACUCACAGAAGCCACCAAAUGCAACUGUGGACUUAGAGAUGCCCAAGGAUGCAACUGUGGACCCACAGAAGCCUCAGGAUGUAACUGUGCAGUCACAGAAGCUCCACGAUGCAACUGUGAAUUUAAAGAAGGGUGCAGAUGUUGACGAGAAGAAGCCCCUGGACGAGCUGAAAGAUGUGAAGAAGCCCCAGGAAGAUCUAACGGAAACGAAGAAUCCUAAACUCUCAGACUCCAUCAACGCUGAGCUUGAAGACUCUGAUGAUUUCGAUUAUGGGGACGACGAAAUAGACGAAGACGACGAACUGAACGAAGAUAUCGAAGAUAAGGAACCGACCCACAACGAGAAAUUGAACGAUACCAAAGCAAUUCAUGUUAAUGAAACGUUUGGAAUUGAGCAAAAGAACACGACUUUAAAUUUGGAAAAUCCAAAGGAAGAAGCCAACGUAGAGCCUACAAAGGAGAAACAGGAAGAACUAACAACUGUUCCCACGGAGCUUCCGAAAGAGUUGAUAACGGAAAGUGCAUCGGUAGUUAAGGAAGUUGUUGAAGAAGUACUGGAAACAAUCAUUGAACCACAACCAAUAAAACCUCUCAAUGUGAUGGAAAUCGCCGAAAAGUUUGAGGUUCCUGAGACGUCGACAGCUCAUCAUGAAAAGGUUGGCAAUGGAGUUGUCACAGCAGAUAUAGCUUCGUCUGCGACUGAUGGAAAACCUGAGACUAAAAAGGAUUUAAUUGCAAAUGCUGAUGGGCCCGUUGGAGUACAAUCUGAGAUAAGCUCCACUGCCAGUAGUCCAAUUGAAGAAAAAUUGGUUAAAUCCGAGCCUGCUGUCCUGCCACCACUCUUUGAAAAGAAAAACUUUGAUAAUCACGAUUAUUACAAGCAUUUGAAAGAACAACAACAGCAGACGUUAGAGCAGGAAGUGGAGCAACAGACACAAAACCAGAGAUUGAACGAGGAAGUGGUUCAGGACCAGGAAAAGCAGCACAAAGCCAUCAACGAGGAAGCGGACCAGUCCCUGCGGCUUCAGGAUGUGGAUGCGCUUAAACAGCAGCAAGCGCAAAGUGUACCAGUGAAACCAGAUUCUAAUGAGGUAUUCGGUGAUCCCAACGAUUACUACAAUCAGCAGCAGAGCACUGAGCACUCCCACCAACAGCACCAACACCAGCACUACCAUCAUCAUCCCACAGAAAGGGAAGAGCAAACUACUAUAUCGCCUGUCCCUGAAUCACCGUACGGAGCUGUUCACGAAGAGGAAGUCACACCGGCACCACAAGCUGCUUCCUCAGAAAAUGCGGGGGUGGGUUCCGUAGAACCAGUUGCUUUACCCGCGACCGCGAGUCCCUUGGCAGAUGCUCCAAUUAAAGACGAUAGUGGUUUGGGACUGGGAUUGUUUGCCACCAUAGUGGACACUGUGAAUAAUUUUAUAGGACAGGAGCCGGAAACCGCUGGAUUUGAUGGCAGCGAUGAACUACAAAGAAUUCUUUAUCCGGGCAUGGGCGAGGUGGCGGGAUCCCCGAGGAAACCUGGGCAAGAAGCGGCCCCAGCAGUCGACGUGGACGGUUACUGUGCUCGGUAUCAGUUGCAGCAAGAUGAUCAUUGCCAUCGCUCUAUUUCCUUAGAUAAUUUUGCGGAGGUUCUCACCGCUAAGGUGGUGGAUCACAGCCUACUUUUGUUGUGCGUGGUUAUUGCGGCAGCGUCAUCCCUGUUCUUUAUCUUUGCCUACUACUGCUUCUGCAACAGCAGCCAGGAGGGAGCGCUCCUGUCUAAGCUAAACCAUUUGGAACGCAGUUUGCUGGCCUCCCACAAGGAAAACCAUAUAAUCAAACACGAACUGAUGACGACGCGUCACAAGCUGGCCAGCAUCGAGGACAACACCUUUGGAUCCAACGACAUGGUGGCUGACCUCAAAAAGCAACUGGAAACAGAGGUCUUUGAGAAAGCUAAGCUGCAAGAGCAGGUUGGCUCACUAGAAAGGGAUCUGGAUAAUGCGGCUGAGGCUGGUCUGGAACUGAACAAGAUGCUAUCGGAGGUACUGAGCAACCAAAACGGGGACGAAGCCUUCUUGACCACCGUGGAUGAGCUACAACGGCAGCUGAAUGACCAGGAGAGGGUCAUCAUUGAGAUUAAUUCAAGUCUAGCAGAAAAGAGUCGCGAGAACAGCGAGCUGCAGUACACCUUCGCGGAGACCACGUCGCGUCUAAGCGGAGAGCUAAAGACUCUGCAGGAAGAUAACUACGAACUCGAGAUGGAAAAGUCCAGGCUGCAAACCCGUCUUGACGAAGUUCAGGCCGAAACAGACGCGGAGAUGGCCAAAGCGCUUGAAGCACGCAACUACGAGAUGCAACGACUCCAGAACCAGAUUCUUGACCUCACCGCCAAAUGGGAGCGAGAGCAUGGCGACUAUCAAACGAGCUUGGCCAAGAUCGAGGCUCUUGAGGACUGCCUCAAGGCCGUGAAAAAAGAUGCCAACCUUAAUGUUCAGGAGCUGAUUGCUUCGGCCAAGACGCGCGGCGAACUGAACGCGGCCCAAAGGAAGUUUGUCGAACUGCAAGCGAAGCUAGAGCAAGAAGUGGCGCUCAAGCAGCGCCUAGAAGGCCAGCUGCAGCAGUCUAGCUCCGAUGUGGAGCAACUCAAGCAGGACUUUAUCCAGUCGGAGCGCGACAAGUUAGAAGCGCAGACAAGGCUAGAGGUCCUCUCCGGCUAUUUCCGCGAAAAGGAGAACGAACUGAAAAAGGAACUCAGCCUGCAGGAGACCAAGUGGCUUCAACAUCAGGGCGAAAACGCCAGCACUGUGGAGACGCAGACACUGAUGAAGAACGAAAUCCAGACUCUAAAAUCUCAGAACGACGAGCUGCGCGCUGAGAUCGAGGCCCAGAUAGCCUCGCACAAGGCGCAGAUGGGCACGCUGGAAAAUCGCGCCCACGAGUCUUGGCUGGCAGCACGCCAGUCGGAGCGUCGGUGCGAAGAGGCGCUGGCCGAGGCCGCCGGUCUGCGGCGAAAGUUGACCACAAUGGCCAGCGGUGGCAGUGGCGGCGGAGAUCCAGUUGCAGUGGAUGCCAUUGCUGCCAAUGGAGCAGGGCCUGUUCUGGGAGCGGAACUAAAGACUGCACCGUCGCCGUUGCCGCUGCCUUUGCCUGGCUUGCCGGGUUCACCCAUGCUGAACAUGCCAAAUCCACUGCCAUUCCUAGCGGCACCCUUUUCUCCAUUCAUGGGCCUGCCGCCGCCGCCAUUCCUGCCGCCAGCGGGUGGCGGGGCACGUCCGCCACCUUUGGGACGCAUGCGCUCCCCACCACCCUCUGCACGCGGUGACCGGGACAGGGACCGGGAUCGGGAUCGGGACCGCUACUCGGACUACAGUGAUUACGAUGACUAUGAAGACGAUGAUGAAGAUGAGCGGGAUGCAUUGGAUCAUCGACGAAGGCACAGCGGCAACUGGGGCCGCCAUCAUCACUCCUAUACGCAUUCGCCGCGCACAUAUCGAUCGCUCUCACCAUCGGACAGUCGCUACAACUAUAAUGACACGGAAACGGACUUUAGUCCUCCGCCAAGUCCACCGCCAGUCUCUUCUAAUCGAAGCGCGACAUCGCGACCCUACAGCGAGGUGUGAGGGAAGGCCGUUCUUCCCACGUAACCAAGUCCUACCAAGUAUAUUAGACUCAAAAACUAGUUCAAAUAUAUUUAUUAAUCAAUGAUUCGAACGAAGGGUCGGGGACGGCGGAACAAUAUCCCAAAUCCAUUAUCCCAUUAGCAGGGAUUUCAGGGGAAUCCGUCAGUAUCAGAAACAAAUGAAAAACAUAUUUCGACUCAGCAAAUGGUGAAUGAUAUCCGGCAAAAAAUAAAAGUAACCAAUUAAACAUGGUGACACAAAACCAA